AUGACCGCUGCCGACGUAGGAAUUCCGAGAUCUUUCCAAAAAUUUGCGACUAACCCAGUAAAUCUCGGUUUAACAAGCCUUAUUGCGGGUGAGGCCACUGUUCAAGCACCGUCAGCCCAUGAAACAGCUCGGUUGCCUUGCGCAGUGUCUUGCGUUUCGCGUCUGAUUGAUUUACGCAGGCUGCGUCAUCCAAACCUGGUGCGCUAUAUUGAUGCUCAGUAUGACAAGCACAAACGCAUCUUUGUUGUUACUGAGCACUACAACGCCGACCUUACGAUGCUAGCCGCAUCCCCCAUCAACAGCAGCGACUUCAGAUGGCUGAUGGAUAAGUUCUCCGAGUGUCUGACAGGACUUCAAUACCUUUCAAGCCUGCAAUUAGUUCAUGGUGGUAUAUGUCCGUCAAGCAUUCUCUUCGAUCGACAGGGUGUCGCAAAGUUGGGCGGUUACGGCGUCUAUUAUGCUUCCCGGUGGGGCAUGGAUGUUGAUUUUCCCACUUUCGAUCCCCUAUUUUCCGCUCCGGAAAUCUUUCUGAUCCUUCGAAAAAUGCUGAACGGAGAAACCACAUGCGAGGACGUCGUGAACCCCCCGUGUCCAUUAGACAUCCGUUCUGACAUUUGGUCUCUGUCUUUGGUCUUUAUCGCAGCGUUCUGUGGCGAUGUCAGCGGAACAUUCCUCAGGGCAAGUUGUCCUGAGGGGAAACCCAGUUUUCUACAGUUUCUUCUCGAUAGACUGAGAGGUGCACUCAAGUCCAAUUCCAAUGAUUCUUUGUUGAACCACCUGCAAAUUUCCUCCUUGUCAUUGGAGUCUGAUGGCUUUCUAAACCUGUGUAGGAGUUGUCUUCUCUUUGACGUCCGAAAGCGCUCCGCAAUCAACAAAGUCAAAGCUCAACUUGAUGUUGUUAUGCACGACUUGCGUUCGGAACAGCCGUCAGGCGUCAUGUCUGAA